ACGGUUUAUAUUGGGGAGCCUUCCAGCAGACAGAGCUGGGUUCCUCUGCGACGGGUUGGGACUUGGUAAGCACACAGAGGGAGUCCGCCGAAGAACGAGUAACGGAACACCUUACGGGGAAUAAAGCAAAAUGUCUUCAAACAAAGACGAUGGCGGAUGGAAGAAGCUUCUGUGGGACUCCGAGAAAGGAGAGGUGCUGGGUCGUACCGGAGGCAGCUGGGUCAAAAUUCUGCUGUUUUACACAGUUUUCUAUGGCUGUCUGGCGGGGGUUUUCAUCGGAACAAUCCAAGCCUUGCUGCUCACCCUGAGUAACUACAAGCCCACCUGGCAAGACAGAGUCGCACCCCCUGGCCUUACCCACACCCCACGAUCAGACAAAGCUGAAGUGGCCUUCAACCUGAACGAUGUGGAGACCUACCUACCUUACACUAAGGCCUUGAAGGACUUCCUGGCCAAGUAUGACGACGAAAUGCAGAGGGACCAGAUGAAGUUUGAAGACUGCGGAGAUGAACCUGCAGACUACAAGAACCGGGGUGACUUGGAGAGCGAUGUGGGCAUCAGGAAGGCCUGCCGUUUCCAGAGGUCGCUGCUGGGACCCUGCUCCGGCAUCGAGGACCGCGAUUUUGGUUUCAAGGAUGGCAAGCCCUGUCUGAUUGUAAAGCUCAACAGGGUCGUCAACUUCCGUCCAAGGCCUCCUACCUCUAAUGAAAGCAUCCCUGAAGAGGCUCAACCCAAGGUGCAGCCCAACAUCAUCCCUCUCUACUGCACUCACAGGAGAGAAGAGGAUGCUGGUAAAAUCGGAGAGAUUAAGUACCAUGGUAUCAGUGGCGGCUUCCCCCUGCAGUAUUAUCCCUACUAUGGCAAACUGCUGCACCCUCAGUACUUGCAGCCACUGGUGGCACUGCAGUUCACCAACCUGACCCUGAACACUGAAUUGCGCAUCGAGUGCAAAGUGUUCGGAGACAACAUCGACUACAGUGACAAGGACCGCUACCAGGGACGCUUUGACAUCAAGCUCCAAGUUAACAGUUUAUGACCGUCAUCAGGACCAUAGCACUUUUCCCUGACCGCCCCCACCCCUUCCUCCCUCCACCCCCACCCCCCCCAAACCCCCCCAUUCGUCCUUAACUAUAUACAAAUCUAAUAUAGGAGAUGAUAUGUAAGGGGGUUAGGCUGUAGCGGUUAAGUCAAUCACAACUAGUCUUAAAUGAAUAAAUGAGAAAAAAAACUGAUAGGGGACAGAUGUUUAAUCUGUUUGCUUUCAUCACUAGCUUCUACACUUCUGUCUAGCUCUAGAAUGUAAUUUA